UAUUUCAGUUUGCAAUAUUGAUUUUUCAAGUACGGUUCUCAUAUGACACAGUAAACAGCUUUUGAAAAUGGCUACUUUAAGGAAUGUCGAGAAACUGUCAAAAAAAUUAUGUGUGAGAAAUACACCGCUUAUUUACUUUACUAGAAAUCUUAAAACAAUAUUAAAAACUCCAUAUGAAAUACUUGUACGUAAAGAUCUGUUACCGUCUCAGGUGAAGUAUUUACCUAACUUAUGCAUACCAAAAACAAAAGAAGAAUUCGAAGCAGCUGCUGCAAGAUAUGGCCUGCAUCCUUAUGAAUAUAAACCUUAUCCUGAUGAUCACAGAUAUACCGGAGAUUAUCCAGAUUCAUUAGUACCAUCCAUAGAAACUAAAUGUCCAUAUUAUCCUUGGGAUUUUUAUCCACUAAAAAGAAACUUUAAUGAAUUUAUGAAGAAGGCAUAUAAUGUACCAAAAAUGGUGGAUAAUGAUUUCAAACCCUAUGGAUAUUCUCUGUCUCAGGCUCGCGUUCUUUGGUAUUCCUCAGUAGCUGCUGUGUUAAUACUUUAUUAUGUGAUGAUUGAAACAAGCCAGCCAGUAAUGGAAAAACAAUAUCUAUUGAAAGGAGAGCAUUAUACUUUCGAAUUAAAAUAAACUAUUCUAAAUAUGAUAGCAUAUAUGUAAAUAU